GCCGUGGCCGCGAGUGUGUGGCGCGGCGGACCCCCGAGCCCACGGAGUUCGCGGGGCGGAGAGCGGGGAGUCGGAGGCCGGCGCUGUCUCCCGGGCCCGGUCCACUGGCGCGCGGCCCCGCCGCGAGGAGCAUCAGAUCCAUGCUGCUGCUGACUCGGGGCCCCAUGGCUUGGCACAGGCUCUCUCAGCUCAAGCCCCCAGCCCUCCCUGGGACCCUGGGAGGCCAGGCCCUGCAUUUGAGGUCCUGGCUUUUGUCAAGGCAGGGCCCUGCAGAGACAGGUGGGCAGGGCCAGCACCAGGGCCCUAGGCUUCGAACCAGGCUGCUGAUCACAGCCGUGUUCGGAGCUGGACUGGGUGGGUUCUGGCUGGCCUUGAGGGCUGAGAAGGAGAGGCUGCGGCAGCAACAGCGAAUGGAAGCCCUGCGCCAGGCAGCUGUGGGCCAGGGUGACUUCUGCCUGCUGGACCACAAAGGCCAGGCUCGCUGCAAGGCUGACUUCCGGGGCCAGUGGGUGCUCAUGUACUUUGGCUUCACUCACUGCCCCGACAUCUGCCCGGACGAGCUGGAGAAGCUGGUGCAGGUGGUGCAGCUGCUGGAAGCAGAGCCGGGUUUGCCUGCAGUGCAGCCUGUCUUCAUCACGGUGGACCCCGAGCGGGACGAUGUCAAAGCCAUGGCCCGCUACGUCCAGGACUUCCACCCACGGCUGCUGGGUCUGACGGGCUCCACCGAACAGGUUGCCCAGGCUAGUCACAGUUACCGCGUGUACUACAGCGCUGGCCCCAAGGACGAGGACCAGGACUACAUCGUGGACCACUCCAUUGCCAUCUACCUGCUCAACCCGGACGGCCUCUUCACGGACUACUAUGGCCGCAGCAGGUCGGCCGAGCAGAUCGCAGACAGUGUGCAGCGGCACAUGGCGGCUUUCCGCAGCAUCCUGCCUUGAGCCCCUGUGGCCGGGGCCCCGUCAUUAAACAGGGUACCUUUAA